ACACGACAUUGUCCGACUAAUAGUGUCCUUCCUGACUUCAUGUCCCACGAGCCUGGACCCAAAGUGAUUAGCAUAGCUCGUCCGCCCACUUGGAGCAAAGUCAAGUGUGAGAUGCAACUGCCGGGACACAAGCACCCGUCCGAUCUGGAGCGACCGCUGGAUAUCGCGAACCAGUGGAAUCAUAUUGGAGAGAUUGGGGCAGCUUUCAUACCAGAGGUGCUUGCGGAAGCGACAUACGGCAGCUCUUUGCAUCGUCCCUUCAUCAUAACGAGUGGCAGGAAAGGUAGGCAUGUUGAUCUGGCGUGCUUCAAUAUGUAUGACGUGCUUUUGACUCCGGAGAGCCUCCAAAGUGUGAACGAAGUUUCCCUGCGCCGACUCUGCACGCUCACUAUCCAAGUAUUUCUUCCUAAAAUCGUCCAUUCCGGCCUUGCGGAGCGGAAGCCCUCUGUCCUAGUGCACGACCGGUUUCUGAUACGCAGGACUGGAGCACAGGAUGACAAAUGGUAUGCGGAAGUCGUCCAUAGGCCUUUAACAGGCUCGAACUUGAAAGAAUUCUCCAUCAUCAAUGUCAAGGACGUCUUCGCCAUUGCAGAACUCAUCGUGCUCAAGUGCUUCCCCGUCGUCGUGUUCACCGCAGUGUGGGUUGAAAGAGACGCGGAUGAUGGUCCUGGUCAUGACUAUUGGACGGCGACAACAUCAAUCACGUCCUGGGGCGGAGACAUUCCACAGGUUGGACCUGUUAUUCGGUCGGGUAUCGCGCGCGACAUGGGUUUCGGUUUGAGCUACCGGCAGAUAGUACUGAUGGACUCGAUGGUCAUAUACGAUCUGAAUUAUUUGCGAGUCAUCACAUACGUUGUCAGCUUUCCAACUUUUCUUGAUAUUUAUGCUUGA